AUGUGGAUGGUUUUGGGAGGCGAUGAUGCAUCGGAGGGGGUGGGAGAAGUUGCGGGUGUGGUGAUACCGGUGGAUGAGGGCAGGGGACCAUCUGUGGUGAGGGUUGUUGCCAUCGAGGUGCUGGGCAAAGAAGAGUCUGUUGAAGGAUUUGACGCCGUAGAAGUAGAUGCCGCCGGAAGAGGAAUACACUGCCUCCGGAGGCGGCCGACCAAGCCAAUGCGUGCACGGAAGUGUCAGAGCACAGUCGUCCGUGAACAGCAGGUCAUGAACUGUAGUCGUGGAGACGCGCGUGGGGGCCUGCAUUCGGCGAAUGUUGAGAAGGUGUCCGUCUGUUCUGUAGGUGAUGCGGAUCCCGGGACGCUCGUCACGGUAGGCGUCCGUCAGAAUGGCAGAGAACAUGAGACUGAAGAGUGCCAUACGGGUGAAGUGCUCCGGACAGCCGAACUUUUGCAUGCCUUUCCGAAGUCCAGCACGAUUCACCGUGUCGAACGCUUUCACGAAAGUGGUGAACAGGCAGGUGCACAUCUCCUGGCACUUCUGCUGCAGCUGUCAUGCGGGAAAGAUCAUGUCGGUGGUGCCGCGGUGACGGCGAAAACCACACUGGCUUUCCGGCGAGAGUCCUUGUUCGAGGUGGUUGUUGAGACGGUUCAGGAGAAUCUGAGCGAAGAUUUUGCCGGCAAUGUUGAGCAGCGAUAUUCCGCGAUGAUUGUCACAGACCUGACAAUCCCCUUGCGCUUGUAG